GGCAUGUUUUUUAGCUUCGGCCCGGCCCGGCCAAUGAUUACCUCUACUAUUUAUCAUGCUCCUAUGCGAACUUGUAUAAACGUCGCGCAAUGAUGCAGUCCGGUAUCAAAUCGCUUCGCUCAAUCUGCUGCUUCUCUCUGAUUAUCAGAACAUCUUUCAACACUUGUUCUACUUCUUCAUACUCUAGUCAACCAUUGAACACCUCCUCGAUUAACGUGCUAACCAAUCUCUGCUCCAAGGGACGCAUAAAAGAAGCAUUUGAGAGCUUCAAAUAUGAAAUAUGGUCAGACUCAAAUCUAUUUUCUCAUUUAAUUCAUGGUUGUAUUUCCAAAAAUUCGAUUUCAUGGGGAAAACAGCUUCAUGCUAUUACUAUUACAUCUGGGUGUUAUUUAGAUAAAUUCGUUAAUAAUCAUUUGUUGAAUAUGUAUGGUAAACUUGGGGAAUUGGAGACUGUUUUAGUGCUGUAUAAUGUGAUGUAUAGGAAGAAUGUGAUGUCUGGUAACAUAUUGAUUAAUGGGUAUUUGCAAAGUGGUGAUAUUGAGAGUGCACAAAAGGUGUUUGAUGAAAUGCCUGAACGAAAUGUUGCGACUUGGAAUGCGAUGGUCACGGGGAUGAUACAGUAUGAGCAUAAUGAGGAGGGGUUGGGUUUGUUUUCGAGGAUGCAUUUGUUGGGGUUUUCGCCGGAUGAGUUUACGUUGGGUAGUGUGCUUCGAGGAUGUGCUGGUCUGAGAGCUUUGCUUUGUGGGAGGGAGGUUCAUGUUUAUGCCAUCAAGAGUGGUCAUGGUCUGAGCUUGGUUGUUAGCAAUGCAUUGGCGAAUAUGUAUAUGAGGUGUAGGAGUUUGGAGGAAGGGGAGAGAGUAAUUCAAGGGAUGCCUAUUCAUAAUGUGAUUGCUUGUAAUACUCUAAUUGCCGGAAGAGCACAAAAUGGGUGCCCUGAGGGUGCUUUAGAACAGUAUAAUAUAAUGAAAAAGGCGGGGUUCCAACCCGAUAGAAUUACAUUUGUUAGUGUCCUUAGUUCAUGUUCUGAAUUGGGGACCCUGGGACAAGGCCUUCAAAUACACGCUGAGGUGAUCAAGCGAGGGGUUACUGCUGUCGUUCCUCUAGUUAGUUCAUUGAUAAGCAUGUAUUCUAAGUGCGGAUGCUUAGAAGAAUCAAUCAAAGCUUUCAUGCAGUGUAAAGAUGCAGAUGUUGUCCUUUGGAGCUCAAUGAUAUCUGCUUAUGGGUUCCAUGGCAAAGGAGGGGAAGCCAUUGAGCUUUUCAAGCAAAUGGAACAAGAAGGAGUGGAGGCAAACGAUGUUACUUUCUUGAGCCUGUUAUAUGCUUGUAGUCAUUGUGGACUGAAGGAUGAAGGACUUGAAUAUCUUGACCUAAUGGUAAAGAAAUAUGGAUUAAAACCUAGGUUGGAGCAUUACACUUGUGCUGUUGAUCUACUUGGGCGUUCUGGUUGUCUCUUGCAAGCAGAAGAUAUGAUCAGAUCAAUGCCUACUAAAGCAGAUGCUGUUAUAUGGAAAACUCUGUUAUCUGCCUGUAAAACCCAUAAAAAUACUGAAAUGGCUAAGAGGAUCGCUGAAGAGGUCCUCAAACUUGAUCCUCUGGAUUCCGCUUCCUAUGUUAUGCUUGCGAACAUCCAGGCCUCUUCAAAGAGGUGGGAUGAAGUUUCUACUGUCAGAAAAGCCAUGAGGGAUAGACGAAUUAAGAAGGAACCGGGUGUUAGUUGGUUUGAGUUCAAGAAUGAAGUACACCAAUUCACCAUGGGAGCAAAGUACCAUCCUAGGUCCACAGAGAUUUAUUUAUAUCUAAAAGAACUAAUGUCAGAUAUAAAGGAAUGUGGGUAUGUUCCAGAUACUGGAUCUGUUUUGCAAGACAUGGAUACGGAAGCGAAGGAGCAAAAUUUGGCUCAGCAUAGUGAGAGGUUGGCCAUUGCAUUUGCUCUAAUGAUCACUCCUCCUGGUUUCCCUAUAAGGGUGAUGAAGAAUCUGCGUGUUUGUGAUGAUUGUCAUGUGGCUAUCAAGUACAUAUCUAGGAUAAAGGACAGGGAGAUUAUAGUGCGAGAUACUAGUAGGUUUCAUCAUUUCAAAAAUGGUGAAUGUUCUUGCAGUGAUUAUUGGUAGGAUAAUUGACAGCAAGAGGUUGGCUGUUCAUGCAAAUUUGUUCAAGCGCUAUCAAAACGGCACCAAAACACGUAGAAAGUUUGUUGGAAGGACUACAGAUAGCUGGAAUAGGUGAGAAUUAAACAAACAAAAUCCGAACACCUGUAGGAAUUUUUGUUGGGUGGAUCUGGAGAGACUGCAAAGUGCAUAUAGCUGGAAAAGGUGCAAAUCUAUAUAAACUCACCCUAACACUUCUUAGUAA